GAACGAACCUUAUUAAAAGCCUAUGAGGAGAUCAGUGCAAUGUGCGAUUCUAUCUCGUUAUCGGAAUUAGUCAGCGAUACAGCCAAACAACUUUAUAAACGAGUCGAAGACGAAAAACUAUUGAGGGGUAAAGCAAGCGACGCCAUCAUCGCUGCUUGCAUUUUCAUUGCUUGUCGACAGGAAAAAGUGGAUCGUACGUUCCGUGAUAUUUGCGCAUUGACGGAAGUGCCCAAGACGCAGAUUGCAGUGUGUUUCAAGAUUUUGCAAAACAAAUUACAAACCGAUACAGCCACUAUGAACAGUGAAGAUAUGAUGACUCGAUUC